AUGUACUUUAUUGAAGUUGGAAUAAAGGAAGAGGGAGGUGAGGCGAGGCUUUGGCAGGAAGGAGAAGGGAGCCAUGCCCAGACUGCUGGCAACUGUGGCACAUGUGCUAGAGGGAGGAAACGGGCAAAGCGAAGCUUGGUGUUGCACCCAGGCUGUCAGGCUUUCGUACACAGCAGAGUAAGUCUUACUGGAGCAAACCAGGCCUGGCUUUUUCUUUAUCUGAGAGAGAAGAACGCAAGCAGUAGGUGUGUGAUUUCUAUGAAUUCCAGCACUACAAGCAUACAUGAUCCCAAGAAUCCAAGUAAUGUGAAAAUGUUUACUUUUGACCUGGCAUAUUGGUCACACAGUGGAUUUUUAAAGGACCAAGACGGCAAGCUCAUUUCAGCUGGACCAAACAGCAAAUACUCAGGACAGAGGGAAGUUUUUCGAGACCUUGGCCAGGGAGUUCUAGACAGCGCUUGGCAAGGAUACAACGCUACACUUUUGGCUUAUGGCCAGACUGGCUCUGGGAAGAGUUAUUCCAUGAUUGGAUAUGGUGCAAACAGAGGGAUAAUUCCAGUGGUAUGUGAAGAACUCUUUAAAACAAUUCGAACCCAAGAGAAGAAUAAGCAAUACCAGGUUACAUUUAGUAUGCUGGAAAUUUAUAAUGAGCAGGUAUUAGACUUGCUAUCGAAAAUCAAGAAGCGUGGUGGGCUGAAGGUAAGAGAAGAUCAGCACCAAGGUUUCUACGUGGAUGGUUUGAAGCAGGUGCCUUGCGACAGUUAUGCACAAAUUGAGAGGCUGAUGGAACAAGGUACCAAAAUAAGAACCACUGCUUCAACCUCCAUGAAUGCCACCAGCAGUCGGUCUCACAUGGUUAUCACCAUCCAUUUCAAACAGAUUUUUCUGAAAGAAGACAUUACUAAACAUUCCAUUAUAAAUAUGGUGGACUUGGCAGGAAGUGAAAGACAAAAGUUCUCAGGAUCAGAAGGAGACAGGCUGAGGGAAGGGACCCGUGUAAAUCUGAGCUUGACAACCUUGGGAAAUGUUAUCAGUGCUCUGGCUGAGGCUGCCAUGGGGAAGAAAGUGCUGCAUAUCCCAUACAGAGAUUCAGUUCUUACAAAGCUCUUGCAGUCUGCUUUGGGAGGAAACAGCAGAACAAUUAUGAUUGCAGCAAUUAGUCCAGCAGACAUGUGCUAUGAAGAGACAUUGUCAACUCUGAGAUAUGCCGAGAGAACAAAGAAGAUAAAGAACAAGGCGGUGGUAAAUACAGGUCCAACUGCAAAAUUGAUAAAUGAGCUGAAGACAGAAAAUUGUCAACUGAUUUCCAGAUUGUCUGCCCUUGGAAAUUCUGAAGAGCUUCGCUGUUUGUUAGCUGAAAAUGAACUGCGGAUCCAAGCCAUUCAGGCCACCUGGGAAUAUCGGCUGGAAGAAGCCCGAAAAGAGUGGGAGCAGCAAUAUGCAGCAGUAACUCAGGAGCGAUGGAUGAUGGAAACCUUUCCUUAUCUUGUGAAUAUCAAUGAAGACCCUCAGCUUUCCGGGGUGCUGAAAUAUUUCAUUCAGAAUGGUUCUUUUGAUGUUGGCCAGUCAUCCUCUAAUGCAAUAGCCCUUCGAGGUUUAGGUAUUUUGGAUAAGCAUGCAACGAUCACAAACGCGGAUGGAAAAGUCACCAUAACUCCUCGAGACAGAUGUAAAGUCAUUGUUAAUGGUGUGCCCAUUGUUUUCAAAACUAAACUACAGCAUCUGGACCGUAUUAUUUUGGGGUCAAACAACGCAUACCUCUACAUUGGGCCACCUUCAGAUCGCACCAGUGAGGAGCAGAGCAGAUACGAUUAUGACUUCGUUCAGUCAGAGCUAGCAGCAGCCAAAGGGGUCAGUGUGGAUAAACUUGGUGCCACAAAGAGGAAGGAUGGCAAACCAGAUCCCAGUGUCCUUGCCGUGUUUCAUGAUUAUAUUAAAUUAAUGCCAUUGGUGGCUGAGGCAAAUCAGAUGAGCGUGGAGCUGAGGAAGGACCUAAACCUGGAACUGAAGGUGAAAAAUCUGGCAUGUUCUGACUCCAGAGGGUAUGACCUACAGAAAGAGAUCAUAGUUAAAGUGGUGCACAAAGUUACUAACCAGGUAUGGAUUUGGUCAAAACCUAAGUUCAUCAACAGAAAAUUUUUAAUGGAAGAGCUAUAUCAGCGGUUUUUAGAUGGAGAAGAUGUGCACGUUGACAAAGAGAAUGAUCCAUUCUGGGAUCCUGUGGAAAUAAUUCAUUUAGGCUCUGCUCACAUCUGGCUCCAGUCUCUUGCUUAUUGCAUGAAACUUGAAGAACAAACUGAACUCCUGAAUUCCGAAGGAAUGGAAGAAGCCAUCAUACUAAUUAAUAUAAUCCCAUGUUUUCCAAAUGGAAGAGCCUUGGGAGAGGAUGAUAUGGUUAUUGAUCCUUUGGAAUUGCUGGGCAAAAGAACUGAUUUCCAAAUUAAUAUUGUACAAUGCCUUGGAGUCAAAUGGAUUAAAGAAGUACCCCAGAGGGGGAUUCAGAUUGGAUACAAAGUUUAUGAUCUCCCACACACAUUAUACACAAAGCCUGCUUGGAAAAAUGUGAAUCCAAAGAUAGAAGAACUAGUUACAUUUUCAGCCAUGAAGACAUCCCAUGACUUUUUGAACUAUCUGCAGAAAAAUGCCUUAAUUAUUGACUUGUGGGGUCUUCAAGAAGGAUGUGUUGAACUUGACUUCUCCCAGCAAGGCAUGGCUGUCACAAGUGAGGGUUCCAUCAUCAUUGAUAACCCUAAGGCUGAAGUUCUGAGCCAUGCUGCCCAGAACACAGAAAAUGAAUUUGCUGAACUUUACCAAAAGCUACAAAAGCUAGAGCAAGAAACCGAACUACUCAGAGAUAUUAACAGAGCUCUAAGGGAAGAAAAUUUACUUCUGAAGGAUAAAUUGAAAGCAUGUGAGAAAGAAAUUCAACUAGGCAAGACCUUAAAAUCUUCUAUGAAAAACCAAGCUAAUAAAAUAACCCCAUUGGCAGCAAAAGACACUCGCCCAGUACGCAAUUCUCGCAUAAGCUGUGAUGCUGAAUUUGCUAAAGCACUGAAAGCCUUCUACCAAAAUAUGAAUGUGAUUAGAGGACAGUUCUUGAAACUAAAGCACUGCAGAGUUCCGGAAGAAGAUAAUGUUCAACUACUGCGACUUUUUGCUGAGAGACAAUCGCACAUGUUAAAGGAUUUUGGAGAACAACUUGAGUUAAAUAUAAGUAAACUGAAAAAUGAUGUUGCCUUAAUAGUUAAAAAGAAACGAGAAGGGCUAGGCUACAGCAAGCCAUGAAGGCAUUAUAGUAUAUUAAAUAAAAUGGUGCUUUAAUGUAAUAAUUGUAAUAGUGAUUAAGUAGAAUGUCUUGUGCUUCAUUAUUAACUGGGGCAUCAUAGAUAUAUUUACAAGCCUCACCUGGUGCACAAUUGACAAAGUGCAGGCCACUACUUAGUACAGGUCAGUCUUGCUUCAUAUGCACCUUUUCUUUUUCCCUAAGCAAACCCUUAGAACUCCACAAGGUGGACUGAAGGACACGAGCCUCUUCCUUCUGCACUGUCUCAGGCUUGGCAAGUGUGCCUGCACUGGGAAGGCAAUUGUCCCAUGAAACACCACACUUCGCCUCGCUUGAGGACACAGAAAGAAUUGUUCCUUCAGAAACUUCAGUAUUUUUUUAGAACUUUUCAGAAACAGGACAGUACUGUAUUUAGAAUAAACUGUUUUGGAAGAUAAAUCAAGAACUCACCGGAGAUCAUUUGCAAUAGCUGAGGAGGAUCCAACUGCUUCAGUUUCAUGAGGUUUUUUUUUCCCCCCAAAGAAACAUGUCAGCCCAGGAAUUUAACAUGAAUGCACACACCCAGCACUUCAUGUUGUCUUUAGUUCUUGCCAAUGUUAACCAAAGAUAUAAAUACAAAACCUCAGCUUUACUUUUACUCUAAUGUACAGCAUGUGUUGCAGUGAAUCCUCACUUUCUAGAAGUGUUUCCCAGGUUGAAACAGAAGCCUGUUCAGGUGUCUCAAAAGGAAGCAGGAGAGGAAGGGAAAAAAGAGGGAGAGUAGCUGUAAUGCUAGGGGAGUUGGCUGCCUAAUAGAGAUUUUAGAAUAUUCAGAUUUUGCAAGGCUUCUUAAGGACACUGCUGCCUUUUUUCCCUUUCCCUUUUUUGGUAUGUGACUGUUUUGCUUCCAAACUGAUAAUGAAUUCAGGUGGACCCCUUCAUACCACAGCUCCUUUAUGUUUGCUGAUACUCACAUGCCCUAAAGGUGAUGGUGGGAUGCCUCAGCAGCUGGAAGGGAAUACUGGUAACUUGCUUAUGCAUACCACAAAGGGCCUUGGUCCUUAGCUAUAAGGGUCUUAAAAUCCCACCUAUAAUUAGGGUUUUAAAAAAGGAAGUACAGCUGGCAUUCUAAUUAUAGUCCAUUAUCUUUGCUAUUACAAGGAGUCUUCAAAAAGUUUCCAUACUUUUUAAAACUCUAUUAAAAAUUUCAAAGACAAUUUACAUCACUUUUCUACAUAGUCACCUUCCUUUGCAAUGCAUUUUUCUAGCAUCAUACCAACUUCUUAAUGCC